AUGAAGUCCAUAUAUCUGGACGACGAAGCUAAGGCCCCCAACAAAAUGGAACCAAAGCUGCAGCACACAAGAAUUGUCGUAGCACCGCCGAUUCUGAACUACUACAUGAUGAUGAUACAGUUUCUAUUUAUGUACGUCGUAGUAAUAACAUCGCGCAUAAAAGCUGUCGCCAAUCGGGCAAAGCUUUGCAAGCUACUGAACGCCCUGCUAGCUCUUCGCGAGCAGACGCUACAGGGUUCGCCGGGUGUUGCGUUCGCGCCUACAUUGUCGCGCAAGCUGUUCACAAAGCUGAUUGUAUUCGAUCUGGGAAUGAUGAUUCUAAGUGCAUCCUUUUUCCGUAGAUUUAUUGAUUUGCAACAUUCCUUAUUAUAUUCGUUUCUGGGAUUCUGUAAUCUGCUGCAGGUGAGCAGCAUGAACGUUACGAUUAACUUUCUUCUGUUUGUGCUGUAUAAUGCUGUUAACAUCUAUAUGAUUAUUAAUGCGCGUUGUAACGAUCUGGUGUAUGGGUCGAAAGCUCCCAAAGAAACCAUACGUUUGUAUCUGUUGCACACGGAAACUUCUCUGAUCGUUCAAAACAUCGUCGAGGUCGUGAACAUACCAGUCUUGCUGCUCAGCGUGUGGUACUUUUUCAUCAUCGUAUUUUCGGUUUUCUACACGUACACGAGCCUUGUACAAGAUCUGCAUACGGGCUCGGUUGAUGCAUUACGGAACAUCAUUAAUCCGAUAGCGUUCUUCAUUAGCGAGGCUGCGCAAGUUUAUUUCCUGGCAACAUCUUCGGCCAUGUUUACCGCUAGUGCCCGCAAAAUCAUUUCAUAUUUGAGCUUGUACACCGGAAGAAUUUCCGACGGUCCAGAAGAUCAAGCGAUAGAACUUGUCACUAUCGAGCAUUUAAAUCGCGACUAUACGAUACAAAUUAAAGGACUGUUUACGAUAGAUAAUACGAUGAUGUUCUCCAUCGUUGCCAGCACUACAAGCUACAUGAUUAUUUUAGUGCAAUACUAUCUACAAGAAUGA